UAUUCACAUAAAAUAAUAUAAUUUUAGAUAUGGCACCAAGGCAACUCGAAGCAGGCGACCACAUCUAUUGUCAAAGAAUGAAGCUUAUAUACGAUCACCAUGGAAUAUAUGUGGGCAACGACAUGGUGAUUCAUCUCCGAGGAAAAAGAAAGAAAUUUAAGGAGUCAUCUUCAUGCAAUAAAUGUGGAUACAAGCGAUUCAUCAAUGGCGAAAUAGCCAAAGUAUGCAUUGACUGUUUCCUCGAAGGAGAAACAGUUCAAAUCUACGACUAUGGAGUUCCUUCUAUUGAUUUCUUUUUCAGACAAAACGGCACCUGCUCCUGCCUCCCGUCCAAGCCUCCCCAUGAAGUUAUCACGACUGCCAUCUAUUUUCUCGAAAAAGGGUACGACAACUACGAUAUGAUCUUUAACAAUUGCGAGGACUUCGCCGUGUAUUGCAAGACGGGAACCUCCGCCGCUGGCACCCAGGCUACAGGCCGUAUUAUAAAUGGUGUUGCUGCCGCUGCACUCGUUCCUGGUGCCGCUCCUUAUGCCGCUCCUAUUGUCGGAAUUUACUUUGUUAGAAAGGAAAUCAAGGCCAUCAAAAGACAGCGUUAACAAAACGAUUCGAACAGAGAUGAACCGAGGAAUACUGAAGUUCGAGCUGAACAUCAACUUCUGCUACUGAUUCACGAGUCUUAAAACUAUUAUAAUAACUUGAAGAAGGCAAAGCUAAUAUGUUAUAAAGAUAUAACUUAUCUUUGUAUUGGUGUAUACAAUC